AGUGAGAAAGAUCCAAUCAGUGACCAUCAGAUUAUUUUACUGAAAUUUCUCGACUCCAAAAUACACAGUUAUCUAGACAAGUAUCAUAACCAGUUUCCCGACUUUGUUCAAUUUAAGGAGCUUCAACUUCUUGUUCAUGAACUGGUGUUGAUGGGCAAACAAGUGGUGGAUAUCAUUGAAUCCGUCAGACAAAAGCAAGAUGGCAGUUCGUUGCAACCAGAUCAGAUAUCCAACAUCUACACAGCUAUUAUCUUAUUGCUGCAGAUUUUGAACCCUCUUUUAGUGCUUGAUAUAGAGCAGCAACAACAGAAGAAUGUAAAGAGCUUAUUGAUAAAAGCAAACGCAUUGACCCUUAUGCUAGAUGUAUUGGGUCAGCUUGAGUCCGUCAAAUUGUCACCAGAACAAGCAACGGCAAAAGAAGAAACGAAGAAUCCGGAAAUUGGGUUCCAUUAUCUGAAACGAGAAUGCAUCAGACUGUUAGCUACACUUACAUUCAAAGACAAAAAAAUACAGGAUGAGAUCCGUGAAAAGGGAGGUAUACCACUUAUUCUCAAUCAAUUGAAAAUUGAUGAUGCCAAUCCAUAUCUUCGUGAAUAUGCAACCUUGGCCUUGCGUAACGUCAUGGAGAACAAUCCUAAAAAUCAAGCGAUCAUAGCUGAAUUACGGCCAGAGGAAGUAGUUCAGAGUAAAGAGCUAGAUGACAUGGGCAUUGUGCCUGAACUGAGAGAGGAUGGAAAAGUACAUAUUAAAUCUACUAAAAAUAGUCUUCGAAAACUUGAAGGAGACAGAAAAGCUUAAAAAAGCUUUUUUUUUGUAUAUUUCUGACUUUGACAAUAAACCAAAGACUGAGUUUCAUUUGUUUGA